UUGAAGUUCGUCUUAUAUUGAUUGGUUACAAUGGUGGUAAUAGUUUUAACGAUAUCUGUUGUCAUUGCUUCUUUCUUGUAUUACCACUUCACAAAGUACAAUAAUUAUUGGAAUAAACGAAACGUUGUUGGCCCAAAACCGACUUUCUUCUUCGGAAAUAUAAAGGAUGCAGUACUCAGAAGAAAACCCAUUGGCCACGUAUUCAAGGAUAUCUACGAUAUGUACCCAGAAGAAAAAGUGGUAGGAAUGUUCGUGAUGAGAUCCCCAGAAUUGCUAGUAAGGGACUUAGAUGUGAUAAAAAAUAUACUAAUAAAAGACUUCGAUAUUUUCGUGAACCGCGGAUAUGAGUACAAAAAAACGGGUUUCGGAGCGAAUUUGAUUCAUGGUAAUGCAGAGACCUGGCGACUGUUACGAAGCCGCUUCUCUCCGCUUUUUACUCCUGGAAAGCUAAAGAGUAUGAUGCAUCUUUUAAGUGAACGCGGGGAUACAUUUGUGAAGUAUGUAGCCCGAGUCACACAGUUAAAUCCGGAGCAAGAAGUCUACGAUAUGACACGAAAGUUUACGCAGGCUGCCAUAGCCGCUUGCGUAUUUGGCAUAGAAAUCGAUACAUUUAACCAAGAACACGAAACCCUUCGUAGGAUCGACAGUAAAAUAUUCUCUGUUACCCUUAGUCGUGAACUUGAGCUGAUGUAUCCUGGAAUUUUAAUGAAAACUGGAGGCUCACUUGUUUCAACAGAAAUUAUCCCAUUUUUUAUCAAUUUGGUCAAAGACGUCACUGCGCAAAGAAAUGGUAAAUCAACCAAUAGAAAAGAUUUCAUGGACUUAAUUUUGAAAAUGAGAGAAGAGAAGCACAUUUCUGGACUAAUUAGGAAAAACAAGGAUACUGAGACGGGUUUACAUUUAACUGACGAGGUAAUAGCGGCACAGGUAUUUACUUUUUAUGCUGCGGGUCAUGAAACUAGUGCGGCAACAAUAAGUUUCAUCCUGUACCAGUUAGCUCUCAACCCACAAAUUCAAGACAAGGUGAUGGUAGAAAUAAAAGAAGUACUAAAGAAACAUGAUGGCAAAAUGACCCUACAAGCUGUUUUAGAUUUAUCUUACAUGGGCCAAGUUUUCGAUGAAACAUUGAGAAUGUAUCCAAUUUUAUCCGAUUUGAAAAGAAAGUCUAACAGCACCUAUAAGAUACCCGGUACAAACGUAACGAUAGAGAAAAAUCAGUUGAUUAAAAUUCCAACGCUUGGUAUCCAUUAUGACGAGAAGAUAUACCCUAAUCCUGAGAAGUUUGACCCAGAGAGAUUUUCACCAGAGAAUGUGGCAGCGAGGCACUCUUGCGCAUAUUUGCCUUUUGGACUUGGACCUAGAAACUGCAUCGGGAUCCGCUUCGCACAGCUACAAUCGCGAGUGUGUAUGGCGAAGCUCCUCUCUCAGUUUCGGGUGGAACCUUCUAAGAAUACCCCCCGUCAAUUGCAGUACGAGCCUCGGCGCAUCGUAUUGUACCCCAUAGGCGGUAUACCGCUAAACAUCAUUAAAAGACAUUGACAUAUGACGCCAGGCGAUACAUCUAACUUUGGCAUCUAUGAGUUCUAUCCUAAUAUCCAUAACUUUACGUAAGAUUGGAAAACUUUUUCAAUUAUGAGAAUGCUUGAUUAACAUUUAGGAGUUGCUAGGUUGCUACCACCACCAGUACCACCGGCCAACUUUAACAUUUUUUUUAAUACGUAAUUACGUACCUACUUACUGCGAUGUGGGAUAUGGUUUGCUUUUAAUGUUUCAUGACAAUAUUUACCUAUUAAGCCUGCCUGUGAAGCCGAUGGUCCUGGGUUCGAAUCCCGGUAAGGGCAUUUAUUUGUGUGAUGAGCACAGAUAUUUGUUCCUGAGUCAUGGGUGUUUUCUAUGUAUUUAUAUAUUAUAUAAAUACGAGUUUUUAAAUGCUAAGUUUACCUAGUAAUAAGGAGUUAGUUAUAGGUUCAAUGUAAGCAUUUACAUUUAGUUUAAUAUUAAGGCAUCUUUAUUUUGUGUGACUUUCAGCCACGAAAUCUAGAUUUUAUAUUUGCAUACUUUUUAGUAGAGUAUGGUGGACUAUGUAAUUAAAAUUGUAACAACUUAUUGUAACCCAUAUUCCGCAAAUAAACAUUCAUUCAUUCAUUCAUAUAUCGUCUGAGUAUACCCAUCAUAAUACAAGCACAAAAUAAGUAAUAGUAUUAUCAAAGAUAGAUAUAACUCCGUAAUAGAUGGAUACAGUCUAAGGAAAAAACGUGCCUCGAAAAUCACGAAAAUUUGAUUCUCGAUCAGAUGGCGCCACUACCUUUGGCCUACUCUCGUAUAGAGGGCGUUGACGGUUUCGUUUGUUAUUUAACAAUUUUAACGCAUAUCAGUGAAAGAACAUGGGUCAAAAUCAUAUAAAUAUAAUUAAUGCAAAUAAAAAAAAUCAUUUAUCCUUAUUUAAAUACAUUUUAUCGUAUUUUUAAAAUCUUAAUUUUUAGUUUUAAAGUGUGUCGAUAGAUGACAGUGAAUUUACUGGGGUUACAAAAUUUACUAUGACAGUACCGCUCUAAUUUACGCUUAAACGGCUGAACCUAUUUAGUUGAAAUUUGGUAUAGAGAUAGUUUGAGUCCCGGGGAAGGACAUAGGGUAGUUUUUAUCCCAGAAAUCAUCCUUUAAGGGGGUGAAAAGGGGGGUGGAAGUUUGUAUGGGGAAUCGAUAAAAUGCAGAUUGGGUAAAAAAUUAUUAACUCCACGCAGACGAAGUCGCGAGCAAAAGCUAGUAUAUAUAUAUAUAUAU